UUCUCGAGUCAAAAAGACAACCCGAUAUUGAAGUAAAUUACUGCCUAAAAAGGAAAAACAAAUCAGAUCAAAUAAAAUCUUUUAGCUUUACAUCUCUCUUCACGUUCUCGCCGGAUCAAGUACUUUGCUCGCUCAAUCCAAGCCUCUCUAGCUUGAGAUCUUAUUAGGUGUGAGAUCUUGCGAGCCAAGAUGGCUAUGAUCGAUGAGCCACUUUACCCCAUUGCAGUUCUAAUUGAUGAGCUGAAAAAUGAUGAUAUUCAACUUCGUUUGAACUCAAUCCGGAGGCUGUCAACUAUAGCUCGUGCCCUUGGAGAGGAGAGGACUCGGAAGGAGUUGAUACCGUUUUUGAGUGAGAAUAAUGAUGAUGACGAUGAAGUACUUCUUGCAAUGGCAGAAGAAUUGGGGGUUUUCAUUCCUUAUGUUGGUGGUUUGGAACAUGCAAAUGUGUUGCUUCCUCCACUGGAGACUUUGUGCACUGUUGAGGAAACUUGUGUGAGAGACAAGUCAGUGGAGUCAUUGUGUAGGAUUGGUUCACAGAUGAGGGAACAAGACGUGGUUGAGUAUUUUAUUCCGUUAGUCAAGAGACUGGCUGGUGGCGAGUGGUUUACAGCUCGAGUCUCAUCAUGUGGUUUGUUUCAUAUUGCAUACCCAAGUGCUCCAGAAGCGUUAAAAACUGAACUUCGAACAAUAUACAGGCAACUGUGUGAAGAUGACAUGCCCAUGGUUAGGAGAUCUGCUGCAACAAACCUUGGAAAAUUUGCUGCUACGGUUGAAUCUUCCCAUUUGAAGUCUGAAAUCAUGUUUAUAUUUGAGGAGUUAACACAAGAUGAGCAAGAUUCUGUUCGGUUGUUGGCUGUUGAGGGUUGUGGAGCUCUUGGAAAGUUGUUGGAACCCCAGGAUUGCGUCGCACAUAUUCUACCUAUUAUAAUUAAUUUCUCGCAGGAUAAGUCUUGGCGUGUUCGUUACAUGGUUGCAAAUCAAUUAUAUGAGCUAUGUGAAGCUGUCGGUCCUGAGCCUACCAAGUCAGAUGUGGUUCAUGCAUAUGUUCGGCUACUUCGUGAUAAUGAAGCUGAAGUACGUAUUGCUGCUGCUGGAAAAGUAACUAAGAUUUGCCGUAUUUUGACUCCAGAACUUGCAAUCCAGCAUAUUCUUCCUUGUGUGAAGGAUUUAUCAACAGAUUCCUCACAACAUGUUCGUUCUGCUUUAGCUACUGUUAUAAUGGGAAUGGCUCCAGUUUUAGGAAAGGAUGCAACAAUAGAGCAACUGCUGCCUAUUUUCCUUUCUCUUCUAAAGGAUGAAUUUCCUGAUGUCCGGCUUAAUAUUAUUAGCAAGCUUGAUCAAGUGAACCAGGUAAUUGGAAUUGAUCUGCUAUCUCAAUCUCUGUUGCCAGCAAUUGUUGAGCUUGCAGAGGAUAGACACUGGAGGGUUAGACUUGCAAUAAUUGAAUACAUACCAUUAUUGGCAAGUCAAUUGGGCGUUGGGUUCUUUGAUGAUAAGCUUGGUGCUCUUUGCAUGCAAUGGUUAAAAGAUAAGGUUUAUUCCAUUCGUGAUGCUGCUGCUAAUAACGUGAAGCGUCUUGCAGAAGAAUUUGGCCCAGAUUGGGCAAUGCAGCACAUAGUUCCACAGGUUUUGGACAUGAUUAACAACCCACAUUAUUUGCAUCGGAUGACCAUUCUACAUGCAAUUUCUUUGCUUGCCCCUGUGAUGGGCUCUGAAAUUACUUGUUCAACGCUUCUGCCUGUGGUUAUAAAUGCAUCAAAAGAUAGGGUGCCAAACAUCAAAUUCAAUGUGGCAAAGGUGUUGCAGUCACUUAUUCCCAUUGUCGAUCAAUCUGUAGUUGAGAAGAUGAUCCGUCCAUGUUUGGUCGAGCUGAGUGAGGAUCCAGAUGUCGAUGUCAGAUUUUUCGCCACUCAAGCACUACAGUCAAGUGAUCAGGUUAUGAUGUCCAGUUAAGAUUAUUGUUGUAAUUAGCACUAUUUUUUUUUUCAUUCCUUUUCAGAAUGCAGAUAUGUAUCAAGUAUCUAACUGAUGAGGUGCCAGCGCUCCUUGUAGUCAGAUAAUAUCUUGCCCUCUGAUGCUUUGAAAUUUUGAUUGCAUUUUUUACCCCUUGUCCAGUAAAAUGUUUGGCGCUCACCAGUCAUUAACUGGUGAUGAAAUAUUUGUUCCA